UAAAUGGCGAAUAUUUCGCCAAAGAAGAAACCGGCGAAGACUGAAGACACCAACCAGCAGGCAGCUAAUACGAGCACCAGGCAAGGCAAUGCAAACUCCAGUCAGCAGAGUAACAACAGACUGCUGUUGGAGCCGUUGCUGAGAUCAUGAGCUAAAGUUAAUCUGUCCACCACUCAGCAUCAACUAUGUCUGUCCACUGCCUCCUCCGCUGCACCAUCAGACUGGAAAGAAAACAUGUAGCCACACAUUUAUUCCUGCAAAGAGCUCUGUCUGGAGCAGACGCUGUCAAUGCUCUCAGACCAUUUUACUUUGCCGUCCAUCCUGACUUUUUUGGUCAAUAUCCCAGGGAACGGGAAGUGAAUGAAAAUUCCUUGAAGAGGUUAAAUGGCUAUUUGGAAAAUCUCCUGAAACCUGGCUCACGUUCAAUUCAGCCGAUGAAGCUCACUUUUUAUGUGAGAGACACAAAAGACAGCAGUGACAUGCAGCAAGAUCUUCUGACCUCAGGGUUCCGUUCAGUGAGCUUUGUCUUGCGCACCAGCGAUGUCCUGAGCACAGUGACGAACGUGUUGAAGUCCUGCAGUCUGCCCAUGGAGCACAUGAAGGAACUUGAAGCAGUUGCUAAAUCUACUCAAAGUCCAGCUGAAGCCGCCGUUCCUUUCUCCAGACCCAUCAAGUGGGAUAAGAGCUACUAUACCUUCACUGGCUUCAGAGACCCUGAGGUGGAGCUGCAGCAUGCCGCAAGAGUUGAACCGACUCUCAACAUGUGGCUUCAAAACAAUGAGUCAGAAGCGACGAAGAAGCACAAUGAUAGUCUUCCUCGGAGAGAAGAACUCAAACGGUUGAAAAAGGAACUGUGCCAAAAAUUUGACCUGGCAGACAUCAGGUGGCAGCGCAGUUGGGGAGUGACCCACAGGCGCUCUCAGCUUCAGAGUCUGAAUCGACUGGCUGUGCAGAAUCCAGAGGCCAUGCUCAACCUGCAAGGUUACACCGUUGUGUUUGCUGACCAAUCCGGGAUGAACGCCUCUGGCCAUGUCAUGCUGGGAACUGCGGAUGUUCACCACCAGUGGACCAAAAUGUUUGAGCAGCUUCCCGCCUUCCGUAUCCUGCAGCAGCAGACAGAGUGGCUCAAGGAGAGGAUCAGUCUCCUCCUGGGUGGGACUCGAGUCGUUCACACAGAGAGGCUGGGACCGGUGGAGCCCAUCACAGAGCUCUAUGGCACUCUUUACACCUUCCAUAACAAUCUGAUAUCGCAGAGGCUUUGUCUCCACCCCAGAAGCCUCGAGGGGCUCAACAUGAUAUUGGAGAAGGGCCACUCGAGCCCCAGCCUUCAUGAGAUGGGGCACUUCAUCAUACCUACCAACUGUGACCCGCCCAAGCUGCGGGCUUUCCUCCAGAGCCACGCACCCAAUGCCAGACAACGCAGUCAACGAAAAAAAAUGCUGCAGGCAGAAGAGGAGGCUGUGAUGAAGAUGUGUCUCCAGAGUCUUUCUCUUCGGGGUCUUUCCAAGGAGCCCAGUGUCACCUCCAGCCAGAUGAUUCUUUGCUGUAAAAGGCUGUUACAGCAGCGUUCACCCCUCUUGCUGGGCCUCCAUAUUUGUGUUUCUCACUUCUACUCAGUAAUGCAGGACGGAGACCUCUGCAUUCCUUGGGACUGGAAAGGUUGAACCUGAGGAGAUUCAGUAAGUCCGCAACGUACCGUUUGCAGUUUCGUUUGUACCAGGUAACAAGUAUUUUAUAGCAGUUUAAUAAUGUGAACCUACAUCUGUUGCUAGUCAACAAGAAUUGAAGGAGAAACAAUGUAGUAUUAAAGCUAGUCAGUUCACAUUGAGCUAACUAAAUGGUCGUUUAGUCCACUGAUAUUUUAAUAAAUGAUGAAUCAUUUAGGAAGCAGCACUUUAUUCUUUGCUGAAGAUGACCAAAUAGAGGAUCUCUGUCAGUGUGUAAACUAAAUAAGUUUUGCCAUUGCUUUACUUGAGUAUUUGGGAAACGUGAUGAUUCAGCCGCAAGUCUGUAACAUUGGUUGUGUUCAGGUGGGAUCAGUCAAGACAAUGUAAAUUCAACCUAACAGUUAGGUCUGUUCGAUUUUGUACUUAUGUACACGUGGCUCAGUCCGUUGGCAGUUAUUUGGACACACGUGGCAGUGAACUGUUCCCUAUUUUGUGCACUUUAUUGUGGAAUUUAGUUUUUAACCAAAAUAAAAGUUGCCUUAUUCAACUGA